AUGGCCAUUGUUCUAAGAUUUGUUGAUAAAUAUGGUUUUAUAAAGGAGCGCUUUUUUGACAUAGUUCCUGUAUCGGAUACAACAUCAGCAACUUUGAAAGAAGAAAUAUGUAUUGUCCUAUCUCGUCAUAAUCUCAGUGUACAAAAUAUUCGUGGUCAAGGGUAUAAUGGUGCUAGUAAUAUGCAUGGAGAGUGGACUGGGUUGCAGGUCUUAUUUCUUCAUGACUGUCAUUUUGCGUAUUAUGUUCAUUGCUUUGCUCAUCGACUCCAAUUAGCAUUGGUAGCGAUAGCAAGAGAGGUUAUACCUGUUGCCCAAUUUUUUUCUUAUCUAGCUCUCACAGUUAAUCUAUGUAGCUCUUCUUGUAAAAGGCAUGAUCAAUUGAAAGUUGCUCAAGCUGAAGAAAUUGCAGCAAAACUUGCCAUUGAUGAAGUUGAAACUGGUAAAGGCAAAAAUCAAGUUAGGACAUUGAAACGGGCUAGAGAUACUCAAUGGGGUUCUCACUUGGGAUCUAUUUCCAGUUUGAUAAAUAUGUUUGCUGCAACUUGUUCAGCCUUAAGUGAUGUCAUCAAUGAUGGAACCACCUCUACUCAACGUGCAGAUGCAGAUGGAGUUUAUGAUAAGAUUACAUCUUUUGAGUUUGUGUUUAUCUUACAUCUUAUGAGAGAUAUUAUGGGGACUACUAAUGAUCUUUGCCAAGCUUUGCAAUAUAUUCCUGAUUUGAGUGCUCGUUACACAUCUGGUAGAGGUCAUGCUUGUCACCAAAGAGAUCACAUUACUAUUGAGCAUCAUUUUCGGGUUGAUAUUUUUAUAAUUAUAUGUGAUUCUCAAUUGCAAGAAUUGAACAACAGACUCAAAGAAGUUGUGAUGGAGUUGCUUAUUCUUAGCUCUGCUUUAGAUCCUAGGGAUGAAUACAUUUCUACGGUGACAACAGAACGUGCAUUUUCAGCCAUGAAAAUUGUAAAGACUAGAUUGCGCAACAUGAUGGAGGAUGAUUUUCUUUCAAGCUACUUGUUAACAUAUGUUGAGAAAGAUAUUGCUCGAGAUUUUGAUGUAGAUUCUAUCAUAGAUGCUUUUUAUAUUAUGAAAGAACGUCGAGCACAACUUUAG